AUGGCGGCAGGCAAGAAGACCUCGAGCACAUCAUCUAAGAAAACAGCGUCUUCCAAUCCAAAACCCGUGCCAUGGCGACACGUUUUCGCGACGAUUCUGAUAGUUGCGCUCUUCUACGCGCCGUUAGUUGCAAUCAGUCGCCAGAUCAUCUUCGGAAGGCGAGUUCUCCCUCGGCCGGCGGCCACUACGCCGGUCGACCAGUUUAGUGAAGAGAGGGCGAUGGCCCACGUCACGAAGCUGGCGGGUGAUAUCGGCGACCGACAGGAGGGCACGCAAGGGUUGGCAGAAGGUGCGAGGUACAUCUUGGGCGAGGUUGAGCGCCUGCGUUCCAUAGCCAGUCCCCGCCUCCGAGUGGAGAUGGAGGAGAGCAGUGUGAGCGGGUCGUUCAGCAUGGUGUUCCUGCAGCGCAGCCUCUCCCUCGCCUACCAGAACCUCACAAACGUUGUCGUCAGAAUUUCCAACGCUGCCACGGAUCCAGAGGCAGUCCCUUCGGUGCUUAUGAACGGCCACUUUGACUCUGCGCUCGGCUCCCCAGGAGCGGGUGACUGCGCCACAUGUGUUGCGGCCAUGCUGGAGGUGCUGCGGCUGUAUGUGGAGGCAGACCGCAUGCCCACCGUGCCCCUCAUCUUCCUCUUCAACGGCGGGGAAGAGGUCUUCAUGAAGGCGUCGCACGGGUUCAUCACGAGGCACCACUGGAGUGAGACGGUGGGCGCCGUGGUAAACUUUGAAGCCGCGGGAACCGCCUUGCCAGAGAUGGUGGUGCAGAGCGGGCCUGUGUUCUGGCCACAGCGAGUGUACGGAGAGACAGCCGUCUACCCCUCCUCCAGCGUCGUCUGCCUUGACAUCUUCCCGCACAUACCAGGAGAUGACGACUACCGCAUGUUCUCACAUGACUUUGACGACGUGCCCAGUCUCGACAGCAUAUACCUGCUCGGCGGAACCUUCUACCACACCUCCCGCGACUCUCCCGAGAAUGUCAUGCCCGGAGCGCUGCAGCUGCGGGGGGAGAAUCUAUUGCCACUUCUGGAGGGGCUAUCAAGGGCGCCGGAGCUCAAGACACGGGCGCAGAGGCGCAUGGAUGCGUGGUCCGAACCCCACACUUCCGGUAGCGCUGUUGUUGGCGGGGGUGGUGCGGGCAACAGCACUGGGGCCAGCAUGCCCAAGGAUAUCCCCGUCUUCUUUGACCUCUUCAACAUGCGCAUGGUGAUGUACCCGCGGGCAGUGGCAGCAGCCCUGAACGUCAUCUUCCUGGCAGCUCUCUACUUCGUGCCCUCCCACACCACUGAGGCUCAGUCCGGCCUCAAGGAGUCCUCGCACCGCUCCCAACACAUCCGAUCAGCCUUCCUGGCCUACAGCGCCAGCUGGCUGCUGUCUCUCAUCGUGCCCAUGCUCGUCGCUGCUCUGCGUGUUGCUGUGUCCGGCCGUCCCAUGUCCUGGUUCGCACAACCCGUGUAUGCACUGUUCACGUUUAUCCCGGCAGCCGUGCUUGGGCUGCUGCUGCCACAUUACAUCCGUGCAGGGGGGUCUCUCAGCAACCCCGCUUCACUCGCCCCCCACCAAGAGGUGGCGUUUGUGUGGUCGUCGCACUGGGGAUGCCUCUCCUUCAACGUUGGCCUCUCUGCUCUGGUCAUGCACGGGUUUGGCGGCAGUGGGGGGUUCAUCAACUGGUGGUGGGCCUUCUUCAUGCUCCCCGCUCUCUUCCUCUACACCUCGCUUCAAGCCACCCUCGGCAAAUCAAACCCCCUAGCCCUGUUGGGCUAUCUGCUGCCAGGGGCCUUCCCGGCAGCAUUCUCGACCACCUUUACAGUCUUCUUCCUGCAAUUCAUGUCUGAGAAAAUGGGCGCCACCGGCACUCCGCCCCUUCCCUUUGGUCCCUUCCUGGCAGACGUGGUGUUAGCAGCGUGCACGGGCUUUUGUGUGUGUCUCAUCAUGGCGCCCUACGCCGCGCUGCUCUCGCGCUACCUUGCACGCCCCGCUGUCCUGCACGGCCUCCUCCUCUCCUCCCUGCUCGCUGCUGCCCUCACCUCCCAGCUCUUCCCCUACGACACUCACCACCCCAAACGAGUGCUCAUGCAACGAGUAUACAGGAUGCAAGGCGGCAAGGCAGUGAGUGCAGAGACCACAGUGGCCACUGGCGAUUCCAACGACGCCGCCUUCCUCCUGCACCACGUGCCCCGCCUCGCCCGCUCCCUUGGGAUCCCCCCUGCCUCGCACCAUCACACCAACCGUACUGCACUUGUCAUCGCAAGGCCGUCCAACUUGCUGGCCCUGUACCCAGUCUCCAGCCUUCUAGACCGCCCCUUGACCUUCCCCGCGCCUCUCUCCCCUCGCUUCGAGGACCCGCACUUCCACCUGCCAUCUCUCCGCCUGCUGCGCCAGCACACCUCCCUCUCUUCACAGCAACUGGGUGUGGACGGCGAGUGGCGAGGCGGGAGGAGCUUAGAGGAAAUGGAUGAGAGGGAGAUUGAGAACUAUGGGAUGGAGCUGGAUGGGGAGGGGGAGGGGGGAGGAGCAGGUGCAGUUGCACAGAGGAAGGGGGGGAAGAGGCGGAGGAUUCACCUGAAGCUCGCAGCAGGGUCGCUGUCGCACGUGUGGUCUGCUGUGCUGAACAUCACUGGCCCUGUCACUGCCUGGUCCCUCACUCCUACCCUCCCAGCGCGGGAGAGGGUUGCAGGAGGGCCACCGUCUCUCAUGGUGCAUUACUCGGGCGCAUUCCCCUGGCAGCUCUGGCUUGAGGUGAAAGGGCGGUGCAGUAUACAUGUUGAUCUGGCUGUGCUGGAUCAUGAAAUGGAUGUUGAUGUGGCACAGAUGAAGAGCCUCUUGCCAGACUGGACUGCUCCGAUAGUGUCCUCUUCUUAUGUUGCCCAUUACACAUUCUAG